AGCAGAGCACCAGAAGGAGAGACUAACAAGAAGUCACUUUCCCUAAGUACAGCUCUUUCUGGCUGGCUAACCCUUCUUCAGCUUUGUUCAAAGACCUUCUGUGUGACAGUAUUAGAAAGUGCAUUUAAGCCGACAGAGCAGGUCACCAUCAUGAUGCCCCCUCAAGUCCUCAUUUCAGGUCUCCUACUCCUUCUCCCAGCAGCUUGGACCACUACUGUGACAUCUUCAGAUCAGCUUUGGAAUAAUCACACCGAUGUGGUCCCAACACAAUCCCCCCUGAAGAUCUCCACAAAGGACCUCUAUAUUGGAACCUCUGUGUCUGCUGCACUCCUGAUCCUCCUUGCAGGUGUCCUGGCUGUCCUAAAGUACAGACACAGAAGAAAGAAGAUCCUGGAGAGCGCCGUUGUCUUCCAUGGAUUUCAGAAUGGAGUUUUUCAAAGCACAGAGCAAUCCCAAGCUGUAGACGUCUACGUCAUCGAAGACAGUAAAGUUCCAGUUGCCCAUUGAGGGGCCAUCAUCCCAAGACUGCAGAAGAAAGAAUGGGAUAUGAACAUGCUGUUACAUAUUUUCUGUCAGUUCAUGUGGCUCCCACUUGCCAGGAGUCAUGGAGAGAGUGGCCCUCUCGCUGUCUAUAGGCCUAGUCACUGUUUGUAUAGCACUCAUUCUUACCACACACCGGGGAGCAUUCUGUCAAACAGGAACGGUUUAGAAUUGCCUGUGUUCUUUAGGUGUCCCAAGUUGUGUCUGUGAGAGAAAAUCAUUGGUAAUGAAGAAAAGGGACUUCUAUCUUAGUUACUGAAACCAUCAAGAAGAGAGAAAUAAGAUUUUAAAAUAAAAAUAUGUAAAUAAAUAAAUAAUGCAAGUGGAGAGGGAAAGACUUAAUUUAGAAAUGC